AUGUUGCUGAGGCUAGCUCAGCAAAGGGCGGGCGCCCACGCCGUCCUCUUGAGGCGAAGGAUAGCGACAGCAUCCGUUCGGAGGAUAACACCAACAGCCCCGCGCCAGCAACCCCCCACCAAGCGAACGCUCGUGUCGGCCCCAAAACCCGGCGAUGGGCCGUUGAUGGAACGCCGGCCAGAUCGCGAGCUGCCUAGCAUAAGCCAAACCUCCUACCGCUGGGCGCGCACCCUCCCCCUCUUCGGCCUCGCCAUCGCCAUCGCCUCAGUAGCCAUCUUCAACUACCAAAAGCUCUCCAGUCCCGUAACCGGCGCGACGCUCUACGCACUUCGCACUUCUGACAAGGCCCGCGCUCUCCUGGGCGACGAGAUCUACUUUGCGCAGCAGAUUCCCUGGAUCUCGGGGGAGAUGAAUCAACUGCACGGGCGGAUUGAUAUUAGCUUUCGGGUCAAGGGCACGAAGCAGGGAGGGGUGAUGAAGUUUGUGAGUAAUCGGCCGAGUCCGAGGGGGAUGUUUGAGACGACGGAGUGGAGUUUGAGGACGGAUGAUGGGACGGUGGUGGAUUUGUUGGAGGGGGGGGAUCCGUUUAGGGAUAUGGUUCGGGGUGGAGGGGUAGGAGGAGUGGGGAUUAUUAGUGAGGAGCAGGAGGCUGAGGAGGAGGCGGUUGUGAGGGGGUUUAGGAAGAUGAAUAAGUAG